CAAAUUUUCUCGCGCGGAAGCGGGAAGCCAAGCAGGCAGAAAGCCCAGGAUGGGACGAGGCCGAGAAACAAAAUAACCGAUUCGUCCGUUUGCCCUCUCCGUCCAAAGCCACCUCAACACCCAAGAUAAUACCGCCACCACCUCUUGCAGUAUCAGCAGCCCUGAAAGGCACGCUUGUAGUCACAAUGGAGCAGCCGCAACGAUGAGAAUCCUCUGUCUUCACGGCUACGGCACGUCCGGAGCCAUCCUUCGAUCGCAGCUCGACGCCUUCAUCCACAGGGCCGACGCGAGCUACGAAUUCGUCUUCCUCGAUGGCGAGUACGAAUGUCAAAGAGCCCAUGGUAUUGGCAAGUUCGCACAGCCUCCUUUUCGAUGCUUCAACCAAUCCUUUGGCCCCCACGCCAUCCAAUCGUCCCUCGACCACCUCCAAGACUUCAUUGACGACGAGGGUCCCUUUGAUGGUCUCUUAGGCUUCAGUCAGGGCGGCUCUUUGGCCCUCUCCUACCUGCUGCAGAUGGCCGAAACCAUGGCGGCCAACCCAGGAACCCCGCCCGCCUUCUCCUUCGCAAUCUUCCUUUCUACCAUUGUCGCCUUCUCCCCGGACCCGGAUUUCUGCUCUCACCUCAUCACUGGCCUUACCCCUAGUGACCGCGAGAACGUCCUCGCAGGCUUCCCCCGCGGCGCCACCCACAAUGACUACGCCGCCCUCGCCGGGGCCCCCGAGCGCGCUAUAUUUUUCAGCUCCCUCGGAAAGGUUCUGGAGAAGUCCAUUGUCGGCGGCUUCAUCGCACCGGACACGCCUCUUGGCCUCGAAGCGCUGCUACAUCCCGCGUCGGCAGCCACAAACAAUGACAUUGACCAUCUCCCGCGCCUCAUGCAUCCUGUCAUCGCCUCGCCGGGCUGCAAAGUCCCUGUACCUACCGUCCAUGUCGUCGGCGCCCUUGAUGACCCGCUAUUGGUCAGCAUGUCGAAGGUGAUGGAGGGGCUCUGCGUAGCAACGCUGACGCGAUCGCUCGUGCACGACGGUGGCCACGAUGUGCCACGUAAACCGAGGGAUGUGCAGGCGUUAUGGUCCGCCGUCGAGUGGGCUACACGAGAGGCGGCAAAACAGGUGUGGUAGUCCGGGUCGUGGCAGCGGAAGUGCUGAUGAUUCUGGAUUUCACGUACGUCGGGUGGUUGAUUUCGGGUGGUUUUAGUCUUGUCAAGUUGUCCUUGUGGUGUGGGGGCUGACGACAUGGAACCCCCAAGACUCAACUUGCGAAUUGAUACUCCGGUUCUCGGUGGAAAAUACCUCGAUUUGCAUUUGAGUUUUGAGUAAGACUAGAUAGAUGAAGAUCCACACCGUGAACAGAGUUUUCUCCCA